UAAGGGCUGGGGAGGAGAGCCACGAGUGGCCGGAUAAAUACGGGGGAGGAGAAGGGCGUCUCUCCCUCCACCUCCUCCCUCCCCCCGCCGCGGAGGGCGCGCUUGGAACUGCCUCUGUCUGUCGGGCGCCCGGGGUGUCUCCGCGCCCUUCCGCGGUGCGGUGCGCGCACGCUGGGCGCGGAGGCUGCUGCUGCUGAAGGUGAAGCUCGCGCUCUCCAAUUACUUUUCCCAAGAGAGAGAAGGAGGCAGCAGGAGGGGGAAGUCGUGCUGUGUGUGGAAGGCACACCAAUCAGAGAUGCUCUAACGGAGGGACUGCUGCAGGACGCGCCGGCUUCUCCUCCUUCCUCUGCCGGCGGGGUUGAAUCGGAACCAAGCGCAGCUGGCGUAGGGGCCGAAGCCGUACUGGGCUGCAGGACGUACCCAUCUCCGCUGUUUCAAUAGCUCAACUAUACUUCGUCCUUUCUAUUUUUUUUUUUUCUCGAUACUCUGAAAUCGUGCAUAAGAAACACUUCAAGUCUUCUCUCAAUUCCCAGUUACUUCACCCUUCCCUAGCAUCUCUUAGCCGGAUUCCUGGUGUAUUCCCAGAGAGACGGGGUGUGAGAGCCGGGCCCCGCGGACGGCUGCUGCCGAGGGGAGCCGAGCGGACGCGGCACGGCGCCGCUCCAUGCCCCCGAGCGCUGGCGGGGCGCGGGGCGUGUGCCUGCGAUGCCCGGGCGGUAAGGCUGGAGCUCCCCCCGGACGGGAGGCGGCCGAUCGCUAGGCAUUUCUAGCAAGAAUCGGGACUGCAGGGACAAGGAUUCAGCGAGUAGCCCAGCAAUGAAGCCCACCUGAGUAGAAGCAAGGAUGAAUAAGAGAUACUUACAGAAAGCAACAAAAGGAAAACUGCUAAUAAUAAUAUUUGUUGUAACGCUGUGGGGGAAAUUAGCAUCUGGGGCAAAUCAUCAUAAAGCUCACCAUGUUAAAACUGGGACCUGUGAAGUGGUGGCGCUUCACAGAUGCUGCAAUAAGAAUAAGAUAGAGGAAAGAUCACAGACAGUGAAGUGUUCCUGCUUCCCUGGGCAGGUAGCAGGUACCACCCGGGCAGCUCCUUCUUGUGUUGAUGCUUCAAUAGUGGAGCAGAAAUGGUGGUGCCACAUGCAACCAUGUCUUGAAGGGGAGGAAUGUAAAGUUCUUCCAGAUCGUAAGGGAUGGAGCUGUUCCUCUGGGAAUAAAGUGAAAACAACUAGGCUAUGGCAGUAUUCCUGGAGCCAAAUGUGAGUGCACUUCCUCAAAAUGCCAGUAGUGGAAGCUGGUAAGCAAGUGGGGAAAAAUCACCAGAGGAAUAUCUGAAGCUUGGGACAAAGGCAGAAAACACAUCAGUACUGCACUAACAGAACAGCAGGUAUUCUUAUAGAGAAGAUAAAAUUACAGGCAAACGUGUAAAACUCCUCAAGUCCGAAUGGAGAAGUAGAGAAAGGAGGUUUCUGCUGUGCCUGAUGACAAUUUUUGUUUUUUCCACACACAAAAAAUAUUCUGGCUCCGCGUUGGAGCACUAGUUGUGAUGAAUCCUAGUCUUGGUCGGAUUCUAAGGAGGGGCCAGAAGGUUCGGUGAGGAAUAAAGAGUCAAACCACUCCAGAAAAUGUGUUCCAGCCCCGGUUUAUUACUCACAGAGCAGCAGGUAACCCGAUAGCUAAAGACAAAUCAAGACAGUCUCAAGGCUGAUAACAUUAAAUACAACACAUAGGAAUUUCAUUCCUCUGGGCAGUCCUUGAAGUGAAAUUUUAUACUGCUGGGCUGUAUCCUUCAGAAUCAAUUGUUUCAAUGAGAACCUGGCUUGCAAUCAGCAACAGCCUUGAGAUCAAAACUACUGGAAAGUUAUUUUAAACUUCUAUGUCAAAAAUAUUUCAACUGAUUGAACUGUGUACACUUGUAAAAUUGCACUUGCUGAGGAAUUUGCAGCUGUAAUCAUGAGCUAAUAUUCUAAAGGUGCAGAAAAGCAGCAAACUUUUGGGUUCUCCAUUACAGAUCACUGGCUUUUCAUCUUGAAGAAGUCAAACUCUGAAAUGUAUUGGAUCCUUCACUCUAAAAUGAUCCUUGGUCCACUGUUCAGAUUGCUGGUGGGACUGCACACUGCUUUAAUUAAAUUUCUUUUGCAGAAAUUGUCCUCAAGCAUGGCGCAGUUUUAGAUAUUUUUAUUUGUGUUCUAAUCUUGCAGCUCUCAAAGGUACAUAUUUCAACAUCUUGAAGUUGCUUUGUUAUAGGAAUGGAAUUAUAUAUCCAUUGUUAAUAAUUAUUGUUGACAAGUAAUAGUAUCUGAAUACAUCAGUUAUAUUAGAAUGUAUAGUCAGGUUGAUAUGUUUCCCUAAGGCUAACCAACUACUGCAGCUUAACAGUUAAAGGAAGUAGUGGUCAAAAUUCAAUUACCACUUCAAUAAUAAGGCAUUUUAUAUCUUUAAUAUAUACAUUUCCAUUUAGUUUGAAGGAAAUGGGUGUACCCAAUAUGUACUUUACUUUCCUAACCUUUAAUUCAUUUAAAUUGAUGGUAAGCAGUCAAUUACACUAUUUCAUCCUCUUUUUACAAAGGUAGGCAGGGAUGUAAAUGAGUUUUGCAGUUAUGAUAUUGGAUGGUAAUCAUUCAGAAUUUUUGUCUUUUUAUUAAAAAAUAAAAUCUCUUGCUUGAACCUAAAUACUGAUGGAUGCUUAUCUAGAUGUCUGCUCAGUCUGUUUGCCAUAAAGGAAAAAAGUCCUAGUGCUCUCCCAGUUUUACACUUUAUGGGUAUUUUGCUUGUGUACAGUCAUCCAAUUCAGAUCUGUUUGGUUUUGUUAGAAAUUCUUGAACUUUGCGAUGUGUUGUUACAUGAAAAAAUCCUCAAUAUUUGAAGGCCUUAAGCAUCUUUGAGCUUUUUACUAAGUUAUUACAGAAUGUAUAAUUUUAUACUCCAUUUAAUGUAUAUUGUACCAUCUGUAAUGUUGAUACGAAAGAAAUUGGGCAAUUCCUUUUAGUGACACUGCAUAAACACACUGACUAGAGGGAGUUCUGACUGGAUGCUUUGGUGAGUUGAAAUGAAAGCCACAUGCACUUAAUGGUAGUCAAAAAUACAUAGCGGUAAGCUUAAGUCCUGUGUGGUUAGCAAACACAGCAAAACCCCCUCAAAAGUAGAAAAAAGAAAGGAAAAAAAAAAAAAAAGGAAUAGAAAGAAAUGGUUUAAUCAUUAAAAGCCAUUGACAUGGCUAGUUUAGUUAUAUAUUGAGUUCUGUGAUGGAUGAACGCCCUGGCAAGCUCUGCCUGUCACUGUAGCCCCUGCUGUUCCAAAAGCAUUUCAUUACCUCUGCUGUAUUAUUGCACAGGAGAGCUUAAGUAAAAUAAAUGACUGUUGGGAAUAAAACUGAGAAGUAUAUUCUAUCAUUUUGCUGGGAAAUAAUAGGAAAUAUGUUGACAGAAAAAGAUCUUAUUUUCUGAUUAAAAUUUAAUUGGAAUAAACCAUUUGUAGCAGAAACUAAGUCUCUUGGUAUUUUAGGAUGAAUUAGUAUUAUAUGGCUUUGUGUUGAGGUUCAGGAUAGACGGUAGCAUCUUAAAGAGGUUGUCUGGGACAGUACAAACCAUAAAUGUGCUGUUUUGUAAAAUCUAAAUAUUACCUCUAUUUGGUUGAAAAUCUACAUCAUGUUUCUCAAUACAUGUUUUCUUUGUUUCCUACUUCUUAACCAGCACUGAAAAUACUGUAUUAUAUACAAGAGUAACACAUGCAUACCAAUAAAUGAAAAUAAAUGGAUUUUCAAAUAUACUGAAUAGAUUCUCUGCAGUAGAUUAAUGUUGUGACUAUUCAUAGCAAGUGAAUAAAAUUGUAAUAUAAAAUAGA